AUGCCAACUAUCUUAUCUCAAAAUACGCGAUCAAUCUUAUUCACAAGACUUCAUGAUGUUAAGUAUCAAUGUUAUCGUUCAAACUGUUCAUCAUCCAGUAUUGUUUGGACAUCAACUGCCAGAGAUUGUCAAAUUGCCUGCUUAACAAAUCCACAAUGUCGUAUUAUUAAUUUUGACACAUCCACUGGUCAAUGUGAACUAUACCAUCCACAUCCACAUCCGUAUCCACGUCAACAUCCACGUCAACAUCCACAACCAGAUCCACAUCCGUAUCCACGUCAACAUCCACGUCCACAUCCACGUCCACGUCAACAUCAACAACCAGAUCCACAUCCGUAUCCACGGCAACAUCCACGUCCAC